AUGGUGGUGGGUGUAGCUACGCUAUUAUAUUCCAUCGAUUACGUGCCCGGUGCCUUCACUUUAGCGUAUCGGGUAAGGGAACUUAUGAUCGGACGUACCGACGAGUACAAAUUAGUACUAUUGGCAACAGCGGAGUUACUGCAAACGGUUUCGGAAGGAGCCAGAGAAGUCCUUGAGAAGCUGUACGACGAUAUCGUGGUAAUUGACGGCAAAGAGAUGCAAAAUAGGGAUGUGCAUGCAAGAAACCGCGUAAAUUUGGCAUUAUUGGGCAGACCGGAGUUAGCUAAUACCUUUCACAAGCUGCAAUUGUGGAAACUUAGCCAAUAUGAGAAAGUCUAUUAUCUUGACAGUGACGUUUUUCCACUAAAUUCAGCCUUCUAUGAUGCGGUCGAUCAUGUUCAAGAUCAAAAGGCCCACGAGCUAGUGGCUGCUCCUGAUUGUGGUUGGCCAGAUAUGUUUAACAGUGGCGUAAUGAUCCUGGUCCCCAGCCUUAAAAAAUACGAAGAGCUCCUCGGGUGCGUUGAAAAGUGGGUUUCCAUCGACGGUGCGGAUCAGGGCCUUCUUAACCAGGCCUUCAACCAGGUCUGUCACCGCAACGCUGGCUGCGCGAACGAGUGGAUCAGGCUACCGUUUGUAUAUAAUGUGCCGGUUUCUACGACCGGCUAUCAGUACAAGCCGGCUAUCAAUUUCUUUCGCAAUGCUAUCAAUACGGUCCACUUCCUCGGACCAAAACCUUGGACCCAGGGGCCACAGUCCAGUACCUACCACGCUCAAUGGUGGCGUGUCUACGAUCGCUUACGCAGCACCUUUUUCUCUCCUCGCCCGUCCCCGCGCACUGAACAACAGCCGCAGACGGCAAGUCCGCCCCAAGAACAAGCCGCGCAAACGCAGAUCCCUGAGCUCCAGGCCCCUCGCAUUGCAACCCCUCCUCCGCAGGCUUCCACGCCUGCUUGGGAUCCCAGCAGGUCUUCUCCGCCCCCUGAUAGUAGUCCAGAAGCUAAUAAGCUAGUCAUCCGUGACGACUACGCCUGGAAACAGAUCGCAAUUCCGUCUCCACCUAUCACUAUUCCUCCGCCUCAGCGCCCUGUCAGUCCUGAAUUAGCCCUUGAACCUACGUCAACACCCGUGCUGGCCACUCCCUUGCCCUCCGUUUCCAUAUCUCAAGAUAUCGGAGAACGACUCGACAUCAGCAGCGACAGUGACACCUCGCAGGUCGAAAAUUCUCCACCGCCAAAAGAAAAACCAGGGCCCGCUCCAAAGCCAUUCCAAUUCCCAUGGGAGGCAUACCAGCCGCCUCCUACUCGAGUUUUUCCUUCUAAGUAG